AUGGAUCCUACAUCUUCGCCGUCGAAAGAGGCGGACAAUGUUGUUGGCUCACCGAAGAAACCGACCAAAGGCGGAGAAACGAGUGUUUCGACACAUGUCGCUGCUACUGCAGAAUUCGACUUUGACGAAGGCCAUGCGCCGGUUCUCUACUCCAAGCGAUCCAUUUUCUUCAUGAUCCUCUUCUCUGGCCUUGCCAUAGGUAGCGAUGCAUACAACAGCGCUUUGAUGGGUCAGUUGCUGCUGCUUCUGACAGCCCUCUAUCCAGACACGCUCAGCGUCGCAACGCAAUCGCAGUUGACCAAUGCCUUCAUCAUUGGUCUGAUUCUGGGAAUGCUGGCAUUUGGCUUCAUCAGCGAUCGCCUUGGUCGCAAAUCUGGCGCCGUCCUGACAACGCUCUUUCUCUCUGUCGGCAUCAUAAUGACAGCCGUCUCCCACGGAACGAGCGACAAGGGUCUUUUCUGGAUGCUCACCGUCAGUCGAGGCAUUGCUGGCUUUGGCGCAGGCGGCGAAUAUCCAGUCUCAGGCGCUGGUACUGCAGAAUCGACAGACGACUCCCCUCGGGCGCGCAAGCACCGCGGCUUCAUCUUCGCCAUGGUGGCAGACGUCUCUGCAUCUCUGGGCUUUGUCUUCUCUGGCCUCGUUCCUCUCUUGCUACUUCUCUGCUUCCACGAGCGCGAAGCACACUAUGAGAAGAUAUGGCGCAUCGCAUUCGCCCUCGGUGUCAUCCCCCCAGUAUCAAUCUUCUGGUUCCGCUGGCGCAUGGCCAUGUCCUCAGCAGAACGACGCAGCAGCGCUCGCAACACCAUCCUCCCCUACCAUCUCGCCAUUAAACGGUACUGGCGUCCCCUCCUUGGCUCAGCCCUAGCUUGGUUUAUAUACAACUACAUCGCUUACCCAUUCGGUCUAUUCUCGUCCACAAUCUCCGCUUCUGUCAACGCAGGCGAUAGUCUCGUCAAAUCCUACGGCUGGGGCACGCUGAUCAACUGCUUCUACCUGCCCGGCGGCUUCAUCGGGGGCUACCUAUCCGACAAGAUCGGACGGCGCAAGACCAUGGCGCUCGGCUUCGGUCUGCAAGCCUGUCUCGGCUUCAUCAUCGGCGGAUGUCUCGAGUACAUUCAGAAGCGCACUGCCUUGUUCAUUGUGCUGUACGGCCUCUUCCUCACGCUCGGUGGAAUUGGACCCGGCGCAACCAUCGUCGCAACGAGCUCUGAGUUCUUCCCCACCAGCAUUCGCGGGCAGAUGCUGGGUCUUUGCGCCGCGUUCAGCAAGGCCGGUGCCGCGAUCGGCACGUCAGUAUUCAAGCCCAUCCUCGCGUCGUACGGCGACGAUACGGUGCGCGGUAACCAGGCCGUCUUCCUUAUUGGGUCUGGGUUCGCCGUGUUGGGCAUGCUGGUAGCAUGGUUCUUCAUUCCUGCACACCCGCCAAAUCUCGUUGAGGAAGACGAGAACUGGAAGGUGUAUCUGCAAGACGCCGGAUAUGAGAUCCAAUGGGGUGACGACAAGGCACAGGAUCCGAAGAGAGUAGUCUUUGAUGCCGUCCGCGACAAGACCGUGGAUUAG